AUGCCAUCAAAGAAAAAAGAAGUGUUCAAAUCACUAGAAACAUGGGCAGUGCAAAGUCCUUUACCACUCAUCAAACCCGUGGAGGAGAGCUCGCAACCCCAUGAUUUAUUGCCAGACUCGUCGCUACCCGCGGAUGAGUUCAUUGAUCAAGUGAAGGCCCUGAAAGAUCGAACGGCCGAGCUUCCAGAUCAAAAUCUUGUAGUAUUGGUGGGUGGCAUGAUAACUGAGGAAGCAUUGCCUCCGUACCAAAUAUGGGUGAAUGAAUUGGAUGGUAUUGAAGAUGAGACGGGUCCGAGUUUGACACCAUGGGCUAUAUGGACAAGAUCUUGGACUGCUGAAGAAAAUAGACAUGUAGAUUUACUUAAAACCUAUCUCUAUCUAACUGGUCGAGCUGACAUGCACAUGAUUGAAAAAACCAUCCAUUAUUUGAUUGGAGCCGGCGUGGAUUUAGGUACUGAAAACCAACCAUACAUGGGUUUUGUGUACACAUCUUUCCAAGAGAGAGCCACAUAUGUGACACACGGUAACAUAGCUCGAAUGGCUAAAGAGAGAGGUGAUUCUACACUUGCGCGCAUAUAUGGUACCAUUGCUGUGGACGAGAAGCGCCACGAGAACGCAUACGUGAAGAUUAUCAAGAAGCUUCUCGAAGUAGAUCCCACAGAAACCAUGAUUGCUAUAGCAAAUAUAAUGCGCCGCAAGAUUACAUUUCCUACACACUUGAUGCAAGACGAGCAAGAUUCGGUACUCUUUGAUCAUUAUUCUACGGUGGCACAACGUACUGGCGUGUACACGACGAAUGAUUAUGCUGAUAUUCUAGAUUUUUUAAUUGGAAGGUGA